AAAAAAGGAAAGAAAAUCGGAUUUGGAUCCUUCUUUGAAAAGCGCUCCUCUGCAAAAAUGAGUCAGACAGAGAGUGCGGAGUCGGGCGUAAUUGUGAAAACAGUGAAAGAGGCCUGUGCCGAGGGCCUGGUUGUCAGUGGAGGUGGAAAGGAGGGCAUCUUCAUCAAAGAAGUGAAGGCAGAGUCACCGGCUGCAAAACAUCUCAGUGUGCAAGAAGGUGAUCAGAUACUCAGUGCAACAGUGUACUUCGACAAUGUCUCCUAUGAGGACGCCCUUCAGAUCCUGGAGCACGCGCAGCCAUACAAAAUGGAGUUCUGUCUGAAACGCAAGCCUCCAGGGGCAUCCGCCCUCGAAAGCUCCACGGCCGAAAGACAAGAAGCAUCUGUAACUACCCCGCUGUCUUCAUGGUGAAGAAGGAGCUGGCCUAACGGAGAGAGGACGCACUAAGGCACAAAGACG